GAGAUGUAGUGGCAAGGAUCCAGGGCCACCAAGGAGGAAACAGUCAGACCUCUGAUACAAGAUAUAAAAAUAAGCCCUUACUGUCAACACAGACUAGCUAUGGGGGUCGACUGUGGAACACAGGUGUCACCUCUGACUUGGGGUUGAGGGGAUGAGGUGGGGGCUCACAGGUGACUUGGACCUGAAAGAUGGAUCUGAGAGUCAGGAAGGGUAUUGUGAGGAACAAAGAGGAAGGAAAGCUUCAGAAUGUGUGAGAGAAGGCAGGGUCUGCCCCUUUGCCCAUAUUGAGCAGUUCAGGCCCUGGCAUAUCCAGAGUCGAGACAAAUUCACUUCUGUGUCCUCUCUCAGGGCGGUGAGCCUUUUCAGUGUCGGGGACCACCACAGCCCAGAGGGGAGCAGGCCUGCUCGCCAGAGUCCACUUUCCAUCAGGACUCCAGGGUUGAUAUCAGAUCAGCAGUGGCGGCCACGUCUGGAGAGCAGCGGGAUUCUGCAGAGUGUGGACCUUCUCUGAGGACUAAAUCUGAAGCAGAGAGCCAAAGGACCUCACUGUCUGGGCAUAGUCUCUUGUCUUCAAGAGUUGGGAUCCAGGGAUCACGGGGACGCUUCUGGAACUAGCCAUUGAUCAAGGCCUGUGAGUGUUCAUCUCUGUGACCCACACCUGCCUGUCCUGCCUGUGUUCCCAAGGAAACUCAGCAUGGAUCCUACCAAGACCAGCCAUGGCCUCCACUUCCCUGACAGCGCUCAAUUCCAAAGGGAGGCAAGGGGUCUGGUGGGAGUCCAGGUCCCCAUAGCAGAGGCGGGGGAGGAGGAGGCCACUGCCACGGUCCCCAUAGCAGAGGAGGGGGAGGAGGAGGCCACUGCCACCACCUCGGGGUGUGCGUCCCUUGGAGGAAUGCUGAGUUCUCCUCACAGUGCUCAGAGAGCCUCCUCUUCUCCCACCGCCAUGGGCUCAAUUGCAAUGGCACCAUCUGCUCAGGCCUCUGGCAAUCAAGCUAGCCAUGUGGCUAACCCCGAGCCUCCACUGCAGAAUGCGCUCAAUAGCAAGAUCGUGGAUUUGGUUCUCUUCCUGCUCGUCAAGUACAGGAGGAAGGAGAUAACAACUAGGGCAGAAAUUCUGCACAUGGUCAUCGGAGAUCAUGAGGCACACUAUUCCUUAAUCUUGAAGAAGGCCGCUGACUGCAUGCGACUGAUGUUUGGCCUUGAGAUAAUAGAAAGUAACUCCCUUGGGGACCCCCUUGUCUGCUCCUACUCUCUUGUCCAUGCUCUUGGGAUCACCUAUGAUGGGAUGCAGCAUGGUUCCCCAGGCAUACCCAAGACAGGCCUGGUAAUAGUCAUACUGUGCAUCAUCUUCAUAGAGGACGAUUGUGUCAGUGAGGAGGUGUUGUGGCAUAUAUUGAAUAGGAUGGGGCUCUAUGCCGGGAGGGAUCACUUCCUGUGCGGGGAGCCCAGGAGACUCAUCACUGAGCAUUUUGUGCAGGAAGGGUAUCUGGAGUACAGGCAGGUGACAGAUAGCGAUCCUCCCAGCCAUGAGUUCCUGUGGGGCCCGAGAGCACAUGCCGAAACCACCAAGGUGGAAGUCUUGAAGUUUUUUGCCAGGGUUGUUAAGCAGGAUCCCAUAUCCUAUGUUUUCCCUAUGCAGAGAGAUGAGAUUGAGAGAUCUGAGGUCACGAUCCCCCAAACAGUGGCCCUCCUGCCCUGACCAGCACACAUUCUAGUGCACUGGCAGUUUCCAACCAACAUCAGGUGGGGGCAGAGUCAGAUCUAAGAACUGCACCCUCAUUGAAGUGCUGGUCGGAGGAGUUGGGAACCUUUUCUUCUUGUUCUGACUGCGUGAUUUGGGCAAUCUUGGUAUUUCAAAAUGUUGCUACUUUUACUGCAAGGUUCGUUAGCUGGAGAUGUUUUCAUUUUACAAAUGGAAUUAGUAAAGCAUGUAUUGAUAACGCUGAUUAGGAGAAUUUUGUCAUUCUGUAAACACUUGAGGAUGACUCAUAUCUAGCUUGUAACAUGUCUCAAGAUACUGUGGCAUUCUAAUUGGGAUUACUCACUCAAUGGGAAAGAACUUGGGAUUGUCAUGAAAGAAAGAAUAAUAAUAUUUUUGAUUGCCUUACUAGUUUUAGCUUCCUGUUCUGGUUAGCUAGUGAAAAUGAGAGUUAAAGUAAGGUGAUUGCUGACUUUGCCCCAUUUCUCCCCUGUAAAUAGUAUAUAAUAUACUGUACUUUUGGGGGGUUUCGAGACAUGGUUACUCUGUGUAGCCCUGGCUGUUCUGAAAUUUGCUCUGUAGAUCAGGCUAGGCUUAAAAUAAGAGAUCCACCUAGCUUUGCCUCCCAAGUGCUGGGAUUAAAGGCAUGCACCACCAUGUCCAGCAAUGCUGUACUUCUCAAUAAAUGUAUUUGGCAUAAGA